AUGAAAGCAAAGAAAGUCAAUGAAAACCCAUAUAAAGACUUCACUAAGUUGAUUCCAAGAAUUGCCGAUGGGCAUACUACUGCCAACCACAAUGAGGCUCUUCCUCUUUUAAUUGUUGGAGGCGGCGACAGUGGGGUAUUGGACCCUUUUCCUCCGGGUGGUGGUGGUGGACUUGGUGUUGCAUCACGAUUUGGAGGUAGAGGGCUGCUAGGAAGCUUUGGUGCAUGUGGGGGAACUAGAGAAAUUGAACCUUGCAAAGGACCUCCUGGAGGAGGUGGAGGUGGUGGUGGCCUAGUGACAGCACUAGGUUUAUGGCGUACAGAUGGCAGGGGAGGCGGUGGCAGGCCUGGUGUCUUAUUAGUAGUAGCAGUGCCAGUAGAUGGCAGCAGUGGUCGUGAUGGUGGAGGUGCUGGGAUGGAUGUUCCCCUGAAUGUAGAGGAAAAGGGAGGUGGUGGUGGAGGGAACUUAGAAGAGAGGGAAGAAGGAGGUGGUGGAGGCGGUGGAGGGCCACUACUCAAAGAGGAAAAUGAGGGUAAUAAAGAAUCUUUAUUAGAGGCACUUUGGGAUGGAAUAGGCAGAGGAGGGAGAGGUGGCAGAGGGAACUUAGAAGAUAUGAAAGAAGGAGGCAGUGGAGGACCACUACUCGUACACGGAAGUGAGGUUAAUAAAGAAUCUCCAUCAAAGGCACUUAGGGAUGGAGUAGGCGGAGGAGGGCUUUUACUUGUAGUGGAAACUGAAAGGAUUGAAUGA